GAAAUAUGAUUUGAUUAGCUUUUUGCAUCGACGUCAAUUCUUGUAAAAAAAAAAAAAAAAAAAUCUUUUUUUCACUCUUUUUUUUUUUCUUUUCAAUAAAUAAGGAAUGAGUUGUCUUCAUGAAAUGAUCUUUGAAGGCCUCUGUGCCAUUUGUGGUCAGACAGUGAAUACCAAUGCCAAAGAUCAUAUCAACAUGACACACAACUCAACAGGGAUCACAGUCAGUUUAGUGGAAGCAGAAAGACUAGAGAAACAAGAUGAAGAACGUCUUUUGAAAGAAAAGAAACUGUCUCUUAUUGUCGAUCUCGAUCAGACAGUGUUACAUGCUACUUGGGAACCUAAUAUUGCUAACUGGGUCGAUGAACAGAAAUCAAAUAACGAUCCACACGUACAAGAUUUACGUACAUUUUCAUUGGAUGGCAGUAUGAACAAAUAUACCAUUAAACUAAGACCUGGAUUAGAUGCAUUCUUAAACGACAUGAGCCAGUAUUACGAAAUGCAUGUCUAUACCAUGGGCACACGAUCCUAUGCCAAUGCCGUCGCAAAAGAGAUUGAUCCCAGUGGCCGAUUAUUUCAGGACCGUAUAUUGACGCGUGAUGAGAACAAAGACAAAAGCACCACUAAAAAAUAUCUGGAACGCCUAUUUCCUCAUGAUCGGUCCAAAGUCGUCAUUCUCGACGACCGUGCUGAUGUAUGGGACUAUUCGCCUAAUCUGAUACAAGUCAAGCCCUAUGAAUUUUUCUAUGGUAUUGGAGAUAUUAAUGCGCCCAGCAAUCGACCUGUGAUUGUGGCUGAGGAUGUUCAUUCGGCUGCUACUGGUAGUAGUCCUGUAAAUAGACAAGAAUCACCCUCAAGGCCGAAUUAUAUCCCUGAUCCUAACGAUACAGACAAUAUCUUAUCAAUUGUGAAAAAGGUACUGAUGGAUGUCCAUGCUGAUUUCUAUGCUCAAGUGGACAAAAGAUCCAAUACGGCGGAUAUCUUGAGUAGACUGAAAUCAAAGAUCCUUCAAGACUGCCAUCUUGUGUUUUCAGGUGUCAUUCCACUUCAAACAAAACCACAGGACUCUUCCAUCUGGAAAAUGGCUUGUUCAUUUGGUGCUCAAUGUUUUGAAGAUUUAACGGGUAAAGCCACCCAUUUAGUAGCAGCAGCUCCAGGUACCAAUAAAUUCAAUACAGCCAUACGUUAUCAGCACAUCAAGAUUGUCUAUCCAACAUGGCUUACGAAUUCCAUGUGGCAUUGGAGAAAAGAAGAGGAAGAUCCUUUUUUAAUCCCUCAUAAAAGAGAAGGAUCCAAUACGUCUGAAGUGGAGAAUCCAGAAGAAGCUUCCCUUGAUUUUGAUGAUGGAUUGGAUUUUGAUUGGGAGGAUGAUGAAGUGGAUGCCAUUCUAAACUCAGAUGAAGAGGCACCUUCAACACAACGCCAUAGUGAAACUGAAGAAGAGAUAGAAGAUUGGCUAAAUGAAGAACUAGAACAAGAAGAGAAUAGUGACAUAAAAAGCUUUCAAAGUGACAGUGAAACUGAAGACUUGAAACGCUCUCGCAGUGAUGACGAAGAAGAUUUACCACCUUUAAAAAAGAAUGAGUUUUUUUUUAAUUGAAUAAAAACUUUUUUGGGAUUUUAUAGUGACGUUGAUCCAUGUUUUGCUUGAUGGAUGCCCACAUAUAAUUAAGGCGUCUUCGCUUAUUACUGCAGUCAACUAAAAAGUCUUCUGCUUCUUUGAGUGCAUGAUCAUCUGCUUGUUUAAGGUAGUUUGUCUUGACCAUAUUCUGAUAUUCUACUUUAAGAUCAAAAUAAGAUCGUUUGGUGCCCUUGGGUGGUGGUGUUGUUUCCAAAACACGAAUAUAGUCUGGGAAGUUUGUCUUGAAGAAUUUCUUGAUACGACUAUAGUCUGCUUGAGCAUGGACAUAGCGAUGACAAUAAGCAUCAAACAUGCGCUGAGAUGGAAUGUCUACAGGCUUCAUACUACUAUGG